GCGCUGUUGGCAUACUGCAUGCCGGUUUGAUUCCCUCACUUGUAUCCAAACUGAAGAAUGAGUUGGAGGAAAUCCAGGAGCUAAUCCUUGGUACACUCUCCAACUGUCUGCACGUGGAGGCUUCUGAAGCUCUAGCAGCUGAUGUCGUCACUGUCCUGAAGGAAAAGCUCACACACUCAUCAGUGGCCACCAGAAGCAAAGCAGCUUGGGCCCUCUUAGAAAUCAGUACUCAUCCAGAGGGGAAAAAUGAGGUGUGUGAAGAAGUUAUUCCUGUGCUGGUGAGCCUGCUUGAAGAUACAGAUCCUGAAGUCCAAGCCAGUGCAGCAGGAGCACUGAUGUUUGCUACUAUCAAACCUCAGGGGCGAUUCUCAGCCCUAGGGGCUGGAGCCAUCCCACCUUUGCUGAAGCUGGCUGCUGAGAAAAGCAGCAAAGCCCAGCUGAGUGCCAUCAAAGCCCUCACCAUGCUGGCUGAGCUACCAAACGGCCGCAAGACACUCCUCAACCAUUUAGAUACAUUUCAGCAGUGUCUGAAGCAUCCCAGCGAGGCAGUGAGAAGAGCUGCCACAACUGCCAUCAAUGUCAUCCAAUGGAAACCUUACUGA